AUAACCAUCCUUUCCCGGCAUUUUGCGACAGCAGCAUAUUUUGUAGUUUUGUUUAUCUCUGUAUUUGUUGUUUGUUUACUAACUGCAAAUUAGUAGUAAAAAAAAUGGAUUUGCCAUUUAAAACGGAAUAUGCGAAAAGUGGCCGCUCUUCCUGCAAAGGAUGUAAAUCAUCAAUUGAUCAGGGCACUUUACGUUUGGCUGUUAUGAUUCAGAGUCCCAAAUUUGAUGGCAAGAUGCCAAAUUGGUAUCAUCAAACAUGUUUCUUUUUAAAACAAAGACCCAAAACCGUUGAUGAUAUUGAAAAAUUUGAGACAUUACGUUUGGAGGACCAACAAAAGAUUAAAGAACAAAUAAACACUUGUGGUGCCAUAGUCCCAGAUAAAAAAGGCAAGAAAAGAGGAGCAGAUACGGCAGCCAAAAAAAAUGCCCUAAAAGAUUUUCGUAUUGAGUAUUCCAAAUCCAGUAGAGCUGUGUGCAGGGGGUGUGAACAAAAAAUUAUGAAGGAUGAGAUUCGAAUCUCGAAAAAAGACUUUGAUACCGACGUAGGGAAAAAAUACGGCGGACAGGACAUGUGGCACCAUCUGGCUUGUUUUGCUAAACUCAGAUCCGAAUUGGGUUACUUUGAAUCGGCCGAUAAGCUUCCGGGGUUCCAGGGACUUAACAAGGACGAUCAGAAGGACGCAAAGACGCAAAUUGCUGCAAUCAAACAGGAAGAUUUGCCGGAUGUUAAAAAAAUGAAAGUGGACCCCGAGCAGGAAGCGAAAGAUAAAUUGUUUAAGGACCAGAACACUUUGUUUUACAAGAAUAGGGAUAAGCUACAGGAUUUACAGAAAAAGGAGUUGGUGGAGUUUUUGGAAUUUGCUGGACAAGGAAUUCCCAGUGGAACUGACAGGUUGUUGGACCGUUUGGCGGACUACAUGACGUUCGGCAUCACUUUGCCUUGCGCAGUGUGCAAAGGCCAGUUGGUGUACAGUCGCGAAGGUUACAAGUGCCACGGCGACCUGACCGAAUGGACGAAAUGCACGAACAUCGUCAAGGAGCCGAAGCGUGCCGCGUUGCCGAUACCGCCCGAGCUGAAGCAAGCCUACCCGUUUCUGAAGAAGUACAAAUACGUUCCCACAACAAGGGUGAUCAAGGAUUUCAAUCCGACUAACAGUGUAAAGAAGAUGGACGAAGUUGAUGCACCCCCUAAAGUUCAAAGGGAAAAACCGCCCCUCUACGAAAUGGAGUUUGUUCUCAUCAACUUCGGUUCGAACCAUAAAGCGGAACUGAAAGAUAAAAUUGUGAAAAUGGGUGGUAAGGUCGUAACGAAAAUACAGAAAUCGGUGAUGGCGGUAAUCGCAAGUCAGGAGACUGUGGACAAGAUGGGCUCCAGAAUUCAGGAGGCGGAAAGCGCCCAGGUGCACGUGGUGGACGAGAGCCUUGUACACGAGGCGCCCGAUAAUGUCGGGAAAAUUCCCGAUUUGGUCAUCAAAAAGAGCAUCUGCAAUUGGGGAUCAGAUCCUUCGAAGCGUCUACCUGCAGAACCUUCGAGCAGCUACAAAUCCUUGGCGAAGUCGCGCUCUCAGUACACCAGCAAGAUGCCCAGCAAAGUGAAGCUAAAAGUGGUGGGGGGCGUGGCCGUGGACCCCGACUCCGGCCUGGAAGAGAGGGCGCACGUUUACCAGCGCGGAAACGAAAAGUACACCGUCGUCUUGGGCAUCACGGACGUGGUCAACAACAGGAACAGCUACUACAAGUUGCAGCUGUUGGAGGCCAACAAGGGCGGCAGUUACUGGGUGUUCAGGGCUUGGGGCCGGAUCGGGACCACGAUCGGCGGGACCAAGUUGGAGUCGUUCGAUACGCUCCACGAUGCCAAGAAGAAGUUUGAAGAGAUGUAUGAGGAGAAGAGUGGGAACUAUUGGGAGCACAGGGAACAUUUUGUUAAGGUACCUGGAAAAUUGUACCCCAUCGACGUGGACUACAAUGAAGACAGCCCCGAAGAAAAGCUCGACAUCGUCGAAUCCGAAUCGAACCUCAAAAAACCCGUUCAAGACUUGAUGAAGCUGAUCUUCGACGUCAAGCAAAUGAAAAAUUUGAUGUUGGAGUUUGAGCUGGAUAUGGAGAAAAUGCCGCUCGGAAAGCUCAGCAAGAAGCAGAUUCAGAGUGCGUUUAAAGUGCUAAACGAGCUACAGCACCUGAUUGAUGGCAACGAAACGGUUGAAGCUAGAUUCAUAGAUGCCACAAAUAGGUUUUACACGUUUAUUCCUCAUUCGUUCGGUAUCGAGAAUCCGCCGCUCAUUAAGGAUAAGGAAACGGUGCAGAAAAAGCUGGAAAUGCUGGACAGCCUGAUGGAGCUGGAAGUGGCCUACAACCUAAUGAAAUCCUCGGGCAGCGAACACACCGUGGACAGCUACUACGGUCAACUCAAAACCGACAUUGACGUGCUCGAAAGAACUUCCGAAGAGUUCGGACUCAUCGAGAAGUACAUCCAAAACACUCACGCCAAAACUCACAGCAACUACAAGUUGGAAAUCGAAGACGUCUACACAGUCAAACGCCACGGGGAAGAAAAGCGAUUCAAGCCGUUCAAGAAGUUGCCGAAUCACAAGUUGUUGUGGCACGGUUCCAGGGUUACCAACUUCGCCGGAAUUUUGUCGCAAGGUUUGAGGAUCGCUCCGCCCGAAGCGCCCGUUACCGGUUACAUGUUCGGCAAAGGUAUCUACUUUGCCGACAUGGUGUCCAAGUCCGCCAACUAUUGUAGCACCAGCGUGAACCAAUCAACUGGUUUGUUGUUGCUUUGCGACGUGGCUCUGGGAGAGAUGUAUGAAAGGUACCAUGCUGAUUACAUAGAGAAGCUUCCAAAAGGCAAACACAGUUGCUUGGGUUUGGGGCGUACAGAACCAGAUCCUAAAAAUUCCAAAACAAUCAACGGAAUUGAAAUCCCACUUGGUAAGGGAAUAACUGUCCCAGGCAGAGAAGAAUCUUCCCUACUCUAUAAUGAGUACAUCGUUUAUGACGUUGCACAGGUCAACGUCAAGUAUAUGUUGAAACUUAACUUUAAAUAUAAGUUCUAAAAACAUCACAUUUUAAAAACGCUAUGUUAAAGUAUGUUAAGUGUUACUAUUUUUGCCAUUGUUAGAGUUACCCUGUAUGUUUUUUGGCAAAGAUAGUCUUAUGUUUUGUUUGUUUGCUGAUAUUUAAAUAUGUAUGUUUCUAUAUUUUUCCUAAUAAACUAUUCC